AUGUCUUCAUCAGGGGGCUCCGGAAACCGCAAUAGCAGUUCCGCAAAACCAUUCUCCCUUUCCUCGAGCUCCAACGGCGCCGCCAAGAAAACCGCCUUUAACUUUCAAGCAAGUCGCGGCCGUCCCACCGACUCUCCAGUAGGCAAGAGUCGCGCUCUCCCUCGCAGACCCCACCAACUUGGACAUGGGGAUGACUCCUCAGACGAAGAUGAACGUGCUCCCACCCACGAGGAGGUGUCCGGUUUUGACACUCUUACGGGCGGCGCAAUCACCGCCGACGGAGAAGCUGUCAAGAAGAAGGGCCCGCUGGUGAUCCCGGUCACGAGCAAGAACAACUGGCGUGAUCGCGCUGGUGUCAACGUGAAGAAAGGGAAGAAUCUUCUACCAGCUGAAGUCCAGGCCAUGCAAGAGGCCGAAAGGAAUGGUCAAGCUCCUGGAAGCAACGUUGAAACCGAAGGCCCCAGUAUGGCAUAUGGCCUUAGUUUUGCACAGAACCCUCUCACGGACGACGAGAUCGCUCUACAAGCUUUAAUUCGAGAGACCAAGGGAGAGCCGGAGCGGACAUCAGAUCUGGUGAUCGAGGCCUCGAAACCUCGAGACGAAGAGGAGGAACAAGCGCAUUCUCGCUAUGACGAAACCAGUCACUUCCGAACAGAUGUCGAUUCUCGUCCCGAAUCUGCAACAUUGGACCAGUACAAUGCUAUUCCAGUUGAGGAAUUUGGCGCUGCUUUGUUACGAGGAAUGGGAUGGAAAGAUGGCCAAUCUAUUGGACGGGGCAACUAUGGUUCUGCUGCUCCUACAGAAAAAGAAAAGAAACCUCUUGUCCCAGCACGACGCCCUGGAUUCCUGGGAAUUGGAGCCAAAGAUUCUGCAGGUGGGAAAGGCGCUGAAGCUGAGCUCGGAGCCUGGGGAAAAUCGGCUAUGCGCAAAGCGUCCCGAAAGCAGGGUGAAGAGAACGGGAAUGCCAAUGCCGAAGGUGUCUAUAUGCCUGUCACAAUGCGCAACAAGAAGACUGGCGAAUACAUGACCGAAGAAGAGCUUGCCGAGCUAAAGAAGAAGGCUGCUGUUCCACCAGAAAAGGAGGACUGGCGUGAGAGACGGGAUCGCAACCUAGAGAAGAGUGGACGAGACAAGGAUCGCGACUACCGCAAGCGCGAUUACGAUGACGAUGAAUAUCGCUCUGACCGGAGAACUGGAUCUUCUCGUCGUGAUCGAAGCCGUUCCAGCGGUCGCCAAUCCUCCUCCAGACGCUCGCGGUACGACGAUAAUGAUCGCAAGAAGGAUGUUCGAUCCUAUCGGGAUCGUGACCGUGACAGGGAUAGUCGACGAGAUCGGGAUGAUGAUAAAGAUUAUCGCAGAGACCGAGACCGUGACCGAGACCGGCGGUCCCGUGAUGAUCGAUACAGCAGCUCGCGGCAUUCAUCUUCUCGACACGACCGGGACCGAGAUCGGGACCGCGACUCUCGCCGAAGUCGACGGGACGAAUAA